UCGAACGGUCGCAAUCAACGACGGAGCCGCGGAACUUCCGGUAGGGCGAGUGGCACACUGGGCGCGUAGACUAGAACGAUGAUAGAUCUCUUUGCCGCGCGCCGACGGCACGAGGCAAGGCCGUGUAUCGUCACGGCGCCAUAUACACCGGCGGCCAUUGCGUAUAGCAUUGCGCGCCCUUUGUCUGUUCCCUCGCGCUCCGACGCAAUUAGCUCGCGAUUAGCCGUUUCUCCGUGGACUUUAACGACGGCGAGAUCGGGAAAGCGAAAGGAAGGACAUCUCGCAGGGAGCGUAAUCGUCCGGAGGAUUUCGAGGAGAUCGAUCGUUCGCGUCCGGGGCCAGGUGGAAGAUAGAGAGAAAGAGGGAGAAAUAAAGGAAAUCGGUUUUUGUGCGCGUCCGUUUUUCGAGUUGCGCCGCCGUCAUACCCACACACACGUAACACGCGAUAACGAUGAAUCGGCCAUGACACGUCGCAGUGUUCUAUGCGAAAUCGUCACUACGGGCUCUUCGUUGUCGCGUUCGCCCUUCCUCCGCAACCAGUGUACGUUGUCGCAGUCAUCGUGGUGAGCGAGCGAGAGAGAGAGAGAGAGAGAAGGAGAGAGAGAAAAAGACACAGGGGAGAGAGCGAGAAACACAGGACUUUCGCGCGGGAUCUGCCGACCCUUCGCGAUGUAUACCGUUUGAUCGUUUCCGCGGCUUCGUCGCUCUGUCGGUGACCUUCGGCGGGGAACCGUCAGGAAAACAUAGACGAAACAGGCGAGCGAGCGAGCGAGCGAGCACGCACGCACGUAAGUUUCGUUGUCAAUUACGCGGGCGCUUCCAAGAUCGAGAGCGAUCAAUCGGCUUCUCGGACGCGAUGGGGCCUCGAUCAAUGGAUUUGGUUUAGUGGCGCGUCGGCGACAUACACACGCGGUUGGUGGCGGACGAACGUGUUCCUCCCGGGCGAGAUCACGCUCUCAGGCUCGUUUCCGAGUACCCCUAUGAGGCACGGCCGAGCACCCGGGUACCGGCCGGUCCCGUCGGAUACGUAACGCACCGUCGCUUCGUGAAUGUACGAUGUGGAACGAUGCAAUCACAGUGGAUCGAUUAAUCUAGGCGAGGAAUGGUUCCCCCGACAGCGCAGAGUCCACGAUGAACACGUGUAUCCCGUACGGCUGAAGGAAGAGAAGGACCGGCCGAAAUGGUAGUUCAACAUGCGGGCAACCGACUGGCCAUCUGACCGGGAUAGGUUAUUGCACGGCCUAUCGCACCUGACAAGGUUGACCGAAUACAACGAACAAGAUGGACGAAUACGACAAGAAAUUUGCAGAAAUGCAAAAGUACAUUCCAUUCUUGGAAGCGAUGAUCGAGAGGCUACAAAACGUUAAGGACAAAUCUCGGGAGAUUCAGUUGCAGAAAAUGCAGAGCCUACACGGGAUAUUAUCGAAUAGCAAGCGAAACAGGCUGCGAAUUGAGACGCUACAGCGAUGUGAAGAUGUUUUACAGAAACUGCACAAUAGAGUAGAAAAGUUUCAGGGAAAUGCUCCUGGGUUGCAAUUGCCAACUAAGCGAAAUGAUGGAAACACUUCGCAACCUUCCACCUCGUCGGAAGACGCCAAGUCGGAUCCGAGUAACAGAACGGAAAAGUCACCGGCUGAAGACGCGGUGAAGGAUAAGUUCGAGGAGACGCCGGCGAGUCCGGAUCCCUCCGUCAGUCCCGACGCCGGAUGCCAGAUUCUGCCUAUAAUAAUACCCACGGAGCGUAGUACGGACUUUAGCGAGCACAAAAGUGACCAGGAACACGGUAACUCGAAGAUCCCGGUGAUCACGAUCACGGAGCGGCCCGGGACCAUCAACAUCUCGUCGUCGGACUCGAACCACUCGGACGACGUCGUGUUCACGGAGUGGGACAUGCUGGAGGAGUCUCAGAAGCACAACAGCAAGGCCAGAGCGACCGGCGACUGGCAGUCGUUGGCCGGUCACGACGUGGCCAGCGCGGCCAAGUUGAUCAGCAGCAAUCUGCCGCAGAAGCUCGGCAACACCGACAGCAGGGGCUACUCGAUGAGCUCUCGCUCGAACAUUCCUACCGUCCCGGUACCUUCGCUGGGCGGCUCCAGGCGGUUGUCGUCGGUCCUGGAGAAGACCAAGGUCUUGUCCAACCUGGACAUAGCCGCGGUUACCAUCCGCGCGGAGUCGCCGGUGAACGUUCCGGAGGUGCGGCUCAAGUCCCCCGACCCUGAGAUCCUGUUCCCGCGCUCGAAGGUCCUGUCACCCAGAUCGGCGAAGGACCACGGUGGGCCGAGGACGCCGACGAAGACGCCGAUGCCGCUGCUGGUCUCGCCGCCGCCGAUCUUCACCACGCCCCCGCUGUCAAUGGAGGACCUGGAGGAGCUGUUGAGCGGCGGCGACGAGAAGAGAGGCGAGAGGAAGGCCGAGGACGCCGCGAGGCACUCGAAGAAGGACCCUUCCGGCAAGCAGGAGACGAAUCUCACGAAGGACGGCACGAAGAUGGUCUCGCAGACCGCCGCCGAGAGGGAGAGCGAGAAGCAGUGGGAGGAGGUGGACAAGCACAUAAUCAAGCUCGGCGGCAGGAAGAUCACGUCGAACGUGAUCAACGCCGCGUCGGCCAUGAUCGCGAAGAUCGAGAGCAAGUCGAGCGAGAUGAAGACCGUCCCGCAGGCAGCCGAGCAUCGGUCGCCGCAGGCGCCUUCCACGAGCUCCAAGUUCGAGCCGCGCUACGCCGAUAACUACGAGAAGCACCCGCGCCAGCGCGACGCUCACGGCCACGAGAAGGUGAAGGAGAAGCCGGCCGAGAACCCCUGCAGACUGUCGGAGAGCCAAGAAGCCUCGCCGAUCUCGACUCUUCACGUGAGCGGCAAGAACGUGGACGACAGAAUCGGCUUGCCGCUGUACCAGAGGCGUCCGAGCGCGCCGUCGGAAGGCUGGAAGGACGUGGUGCCUCCGUCCAGGCCGGACCACGAAUUCGUGAUAGAGGGCACCGACUACUACAACAUGCACAUGAACCAGCAGCUGCACUGGCAGCCGAUGCCCUCCAUGCCCGGCAACGACCCGUUCGGUAACGCCCAGUGGACCGGCUCCUCUUACAGCGGAAUGCCUGUGGGAGGCGCUCCGCAGCCGUAUCCGCCGCAUCCGGGGAUGGGUAUGUUCAUGGCUGGCAGCCCGGUGGACUCGCCGCACGCCGGGGCCGGGCCCAGGCCGCCGUACAGGCCAUUCCCAAUGGGUCAAAGCUCGUACGACCCAGGCUUCGACAGACCCGCGGAGUAUUCCCACGCGAGGCCGACGUGGGAGCCUCCCGCCGGCCGUGGGGAUCCCUCCUCGUACGGCAACGACAACGCGAUCCCCUGCGGUAUCGGCAUCGUCGAGCAAACCGCUACCGGGUCCCCGUAUCAACGCUCCGACACACCUUGCCCGUGGUCGCGGGAAAGGAACAGAGGCGGCCGGGGCCGCAGCAGAGACGGUUACUACAACGAGAGGAACAGGGCGGAGGUGAGGCCCAGCUUCAACAACCGCGACGUACGUCGGCUGUCGGACCGGCCGCGAGACGAGAAUCCCGGUCGUUUCAGGAACGCGUUCGAGCGGGACCCGCGUGUUCGCAUGGAGCACAACAACGCGGCCCCGAGCCCGGUCAAGGAGGCCAGUAGCCCCGGUUCCGCCAGGGAUCCCCGGCUUGCCAAGGAUAAGCAUUUCUCGCCGACGAAAGUUAAAGAGUCCGUUCACAACGAGAGGGACCCGAGGAAGCGGCCGGUGCCGCCACCGGUGACCGCCAAGAAAACUACCAACAGCAACAAGGAGAAGCCGAAGUCGCAGAAACGCGGCGAUCUCGAGAGCAGCGGCAAGGAGAAGACCGCCGACAAGUUGAAGGCGGACAACAGGAUGCAGUCGCCGUUGGAGAGCCUCUACGGCGUGAUCGACACCAAGUCGAGUCACAGUAGCGGCCUGCAGAAGUUCAAGAUACCCAAGAUCAAACGGCCGGAGCCGCCGCAGCCGCCGCCCCCGCCGCUGCCCUCCUCGACGACGAGUCAGGCGACGGACGAGGCGAAGGAGGCCGGCGCGGUGUUCAAGCCGCCGCGCGCCAAGAGCGACGGCAAGAAGGCCGGCAGCUCGCCGGCCGAGAGCGCGGACAAGGACGACGCGAUCGCUGAGGUCAGCAGCACCAGCAACGGCGGUAACGCGACGGACAGUCCGGACGCCUCUUCCAAGCAGGAGGAGCUCGCGAGGGAGGACGAGAUCAUCUCGUCCCUCGUCGAGGAGACCAGCAAGAAGCGGGGGAGACUCAGCGGAGCGGACUCCGCGCGGAUCGUCAAGUCGAUGGAGAUCGCGGAGAAGGAUCGGAAGGACGAAACGGAGGCUGACAGCGCCAAGACGGCCAAGGAGGAAGUGACGCAGGAGUGGAUCGAGGCGCUCAUCAGGAAGUCCUUCGAGUGCGGCGAGGGCAAGAAGCUGGUCGAGCACGCGAAGCUGAUUCAGAAGCUCGGCGAAGCGCUGCAGGCGAAGAAGCUGAAGAAGAUCCAGAAGAUCAUCGAGUCCGAGUCGGAGAGCAGCAGCUCGGACAAGGACGAGGAUAUCGGGCUGAAGAGGUCGCAGACCAGGAAGAAGAGGCGGGUGAUCGUGUCGGACAGCUCGGACGACGAGUGUCUCGCGGAGCGGCUCGGCAUCUUGAGCUCCAGCGUGGCGGCGAACGACGGGGGAGUCGAAUCAGUCUCCCCCGAGACGCUGGAGGACUUUGCCGAGUCGGUCGGGCGUUCCGCGGAAAGUCGAGUCGAGAGGAAGAGCGACGGCCCGUCGGAAGAGCUCGGUAGCGAGAUCGGAGAAUUGGCCGCGUAUAAUACGCGGCCGGAGGAGAGUAACGAGCAGGACGCGACGGAACGUUGCGACGGUGAUAACCGGAAGGAUGAUCAGUUGGAAGAUGGCCUCGGGAAAGGGAGCGAUCGAUCGGGAGGCAAUAACGGAGGCGUCGAUGCUCGUUCAGAAAACGACGGGCAGUCGCCGGACGGUCGAUUGGAAGACGGGAAGGGGGAGGAGCAGCUUGUCGGCGUUGAGCACGCGAAGAAGGAUGCGCAGGAAGGAUCGUUGGAUAAGGACGAGACGGAUAGGACUAACGACAAGGUUAACGACAAGCCAAAGGCGAAGACGAAGAGGAGGAACUCCCUGGAGAUGCUGCAGGAGGACAUUCGGGAGAUGUUCAUCAGCGAGGGCGUGGUGACGGCGACCGGAUUCCGGAUGUGCCGGCUGCCGAAGGAGAAUCAGCCGUCGCCUGCGAGCUCGACGUCGGCGGGUUCCAAGAAGGACGAGGCGUCGUCCGCCAGGGAGCCGAGUAUCGAAGCGGACGAGUCGACGGCGAGCACCGCCAAGUCCAAGAAGACCUCCUCGAAAUCCCGCGGUACCGGCGAGUCCAAUAAGUCCACCAAGGUCAAGGGCAAGAAGGACGCGCAACGGCCGGCGCGUAGGCAGCGCGCGAAGGAGCCGGACUUGGCGCCGAGUUCCGACAGCGAAGAGGACCAACCGCUGGCGCUGCGGGCCGAAUGGAAGCCGAACAGCAGCAACGGGAGUAAUAGCAACGACACAACGCCGAGACACGAAGAGGACGACGACGAUAGUUUGCCGCGCCGGAGCAAGCGCAUGCUGCAGCAGAAGGAGCCGCGGGUGCUCGUGGAGAAGACGGACCUCACGAAGCUGGAAGCUGCGUCCAAGGCGUUCGACAGCUCGUCCGACGAGAGCUUCAGCAUAGACGUCUCCGAGUUGGCGGCGGCGGUGGACAUCUCCCUCCAGCCGGACAAGCAGUCCGACCAAGAGUCGGUGGAGACGGUCGUGAGCUCGAAGCUCCGAUCGAGAGCAGCGAAGAACGCCGGCAGGCCGAACCUGAGGGCGAGGAGGAGGAGCGCCUCCUUGCUCACCGACUGCAAGAGCGACGACGCGAUGUCCUUCACGGACGAGGAGAGCGUGAUAUCCGACAUCUCCAUGUCGAGCAGCACGACGGGCAGGAAGAGAGGUGCGAGCAAGGUGACGAAGGAGGAGCUGUUGAGCAACAUCCUGGUGGGGCUGGUGGAGAAGUCCAACAAGGACGACGAGGAGGCGGACGUCGACGAUGACUCGAACUGUCCGUCGCCCCCGUCGGCCGACACGAGCGCGAAGAAGUCGGUGAAGAAGAAGAAGAAGAACAGCUGGAAGAUGGGGAUACUUACCAAGAAGAAGAGGAAGAAGAUCCCCUCUGUUCCCGCGAAAGCGAGCGGCCAGCUCGAGCGCCAGGAAGAGACGAGCAACGAGACGAACGUCUCGAUGGACAACGCGGAAGGUGACUUGUCGUCGGUAUCGGAUAACAAUAAGAUCGCGACGGCGAACGACAUUCCCGAGGAAACCGUUGACAAACAAUCAGCGGACGACGCGAGCAUGGAUUCCACCCUGAAGUGCGACGACGUCGUGAAACAGCCCGCGAGCACGGACAGCCCCGUCGCUGCGGAUCAUCAAGCGGAGUCGAGCAAUCUCACCGUGCUGUCGGAAUCUUCCAAUGCGACCGAAGAGACACUCUCGAACGAGGUGAACAAGCUGACGCUGGAUGGGGAGCCGAGAGCGGGCCCGAGGGAGGACGAAGCGGGAGGAACGAAAUCGGACGCGGGAGGUGCGGAAGAAACGGGAGAAGAAGUACGGAAGAGCGUGGAAGACAUCGCGGAAAAAAGUACCGUCGCGACGGAGGAGGAGGCGCCCAAGGUAGCGACGACGACGGUCGUGUACAACGAAGUGAUGAAGGAGCUUUAUCGCAGGAUAAACAAAGAGCAACUGAUUGAGUACGCGUGGUCGCCUGACCAAAACAGGUACGAGUGCCAGCUGUGCUUGUUCGUCGGCAAGAACAUCGUCCAUCAUUACAAGGUGAAUCAUUCCGACGCGGAGGUGAUGAUCGCGCGAUUCAAGCCGGCCGACGCCAAGCUCGCGAUCGAGGACGGCCUGGAGGACGACGCGGCCUCCGCUUCGACGACGAAGAAGACGAAGAGGAUCAAGUACCGCUGCAGAUUCUGCCACUUCGAGACGGAGGGCGCGGCGGACAUGGCGCUCGAGGCCUUCUACGAGCACUGCACCACGCACACGGGCGAGUACAGGCACCACUGCAAGUGUUGUCCUUACCAGGCGGUGGCGAAGUCCUCCCUGAGGACGCACUACUACAAGAUGUGCCGGAAGCUGCACGACACGUUCUACGACUGCACGAUCGAGGACAGGAUACCGCAGGAGAACGGCGUGUACGGUUACCUGUGCCGCGAGUGCAACUACGUGCAGCUGAAGCGGGAGAACGUGAAGGCGCACCUGGCGUUUUGGCACGAGGACAAGGCGGACGUCGAGAUCCUCAAGAUCAACAUGUCGGCUGCAAGCGCGAGGAAGACCGACGCGCAGAAGUCGCAGGAGUGUGCCGAGGAGAAACCGACCGCCGAGGAGAUCAAAGAGGAGAGCAAUGCUCCGGUGUCCGAAGUGGAGGAAGGCGAGGUGCGCGAGGACGCACCGGCGGAGACGACGACCUCGCAGGCGACCGACGUCAGCGACGCGAUCGCCGAGCCCCGAGAGACGAGCGACAACAACAACGAAGAGAGCCACAGCGAGUUGCACGAGUCGAAAGCCGAGGAGAAGGUCGACGAAGUCAGGCAGGAGGAGACCGACACGGGAACGUCCGCUCAAGGGGACGCGCCGAUUAACACGACCGAGUGCAACAUGAGUGUAUUUGUCUGCCCGCCCGAGCUGGAGAACAAGGAGGUCGAGAUACAGCUGGAGCGGAAGAAGAGGAUGCAGGAGAUCGUCGAGAAUAUCGGUAUCAAAAUCAACAAGAACCCGUCCAAGUCGAGCUUGUCUAUAAUAGACAAGUUACAGGACAAGAUGCGGACGGAAUGCGCGCUCGGCAGUUCCGGGGUCACGAACGACGAGUCGAACGUGGCCUCGGAGCAACGGGGGAACAGCGAAGCACAGUUGCCCCUCGCCGGCGACUCGGCGAACGAGGAGUCGAAACUCGAGGAGGAGGGUAUGACGAACGUCAUGGAGGACCGCCUCGCGAGUCAACCGACGACCGGCGAUAUCGAGGCGGAGGAUCCUCGCGUGUCGACCGACAACGACAAGUCGAACAUGGCGGGCGGCAUUAACGCGGACAAGGCGGAACCUAAGAUCCGUGACCCGCUCGCGGUGAUGGACCCCGGCAAGAAUUCGACGGAGAGCGACGGCGAGAUCAGCGACUGCGAGGCCGUGCGGCGCUCCCCGGUCUUCGAGUCGGACUCCAGCAGCGAGCAGUCCGACUCCGAGCCGGCGGAUGUCAACAUGAUCCUGAAGGAGACCUCGAGCAUCAACGCGUCGUCGUCGGCGCGGGACCCGAUGCUGACGACUAUCCAGAGAUUGGCCGCGCAGCUCCAAGGCGUCAAACCGAUGGAAGUGCCCGCCGCUGAAGAAGACGUCAAACUUGAGUUGCCGACCCCGAUCACGCCCAUCCCGAGGGCGCCCAACGUCAUCUCGAUCGGCAGCAUUAAACACUCGCUGUUAAGGAAGAAAGAUCCUAGACACCGCGAAACGACGCUGCCGAUAUCGGCCACCGGCGACAGACCGCCGAAGAACUUCCUCAGGCUUAGACGAUUGAGCGGCGACAUGCUGUCUCUGCCGGCCCCCCCGUUGUCGGACAGUCAAGAGGAUGCGUCAGCCCUCAGUGCCGAUGACGGAUCGUUAGAUCUGCCGCAGUCAGAGAGCACGGCGGAUAUAUUGCAGACCGACACGGAGGAGGAGUGUUCGUUCUUAAAAAUCGAGAACGUAGUCAGUCUCGCGCCGAAUUCCGGUAACAGUGAAGUCGAAAACCCUAUUAUAAAUGACAUCAGGAAGGCGGUGGAAGUCUCGCCCGUCAAGAACAAGGCGACACUGUUACUGAAAAAAGCGCACCAGCCAUUGAUAUUGAAGAAGAACAACAUGAAGCCGAGUAAUGCGAACGUACCGACGGUGACGCAGCCGUCCACGUCGGACACUAUGACGUUCAUCCCGGUCAACACCAUCAAUCAGAUGCCGAUCUCGACGAAGGCCGUCACCACUCAUCUGGCCACAAAUUUCAUGCCGAUACACCCCAGACCGGCAUUCAGACCGACACCCAACGUCAUUUCGCUGGAGAACGCUAAAAUCGCCAUCCCUCGGCUCACUCCUAUCACGAGGGCUCCGACGGCCGCAACGAAUUGCAAGGUACUCAAGGUAGUGCGGAAUACAUCGGGAAUGAAGCUCAAGGACGUAACGAUUGCGACCCUCGUUGCCAAGUUGAAAUCGACGGACGCAUAUUGGGACAUGCUGAAGCCGUCCAAGCUGAUCCACUUCUACAAGUGUAUGAGCCGCGAUUGCCACUUUACGACCGAUUCCAUGGGGCUGUUUUGCCAACAUUACAACAAGCAUCGCGAGGACGCCGAGAAGCAGAACGUCCCGUCGCCGUACGAUUUUCAGAAGUGCGUCUACUGCUUCGUAUACAUGGCAACCUGCAAUGAGGUGAAGAAUCACAUGUGGGAGAAGCACAGCCAUUGCCGGUAUCAGUGCAGUUACUGCUUUUACCGUGCCUCUACGGUGUGUUACGUACAGCAGCAUCAGAUGAUUUCUCAUCCCAACACUAAAUUCUUUAUGUUAGUGGGUAAAAAGGGUAAAGAUAUGUCACAGCAAGAAGAUACAACAAAUCGUGUCGAUAACGUACUGCCAUUCAUAUGUGAAGACGAUUGCCGAAAGAAGUUCUACGUACCUGAAACAUUUAUCUUGCACCUGGGCACAAAAUACUCGUCUUCUACGUUAUUGCCCACUUACAACUGUCAUCUCUGUAAAUCCACAUAUCACACGAUAAAAGCCUUUAUGAACCACUACAAGACGACGCACGGACUUGCCAAGUACCAGUGCCUGUAUUGUUUACACGGCGCCGACACUCCGCAUGAGAUGCUCCAACAUUUGAGUGUUUGGCAUUGGGGUCAACCGCCGCAGACUCUGGAGCGCUCGCUUCCUCCACACUUGGCAAGCAAGGACGUGCUGAAUCAACUUAUUGUGCGGACUUACAACGACGACGGGAACUUGAAACCCCAUGCUAACGAGGUGAACGUUGGCGCGGCCGGUUCCAAAGAAGACGCCAGCGACCGUCCCGCCGCUCCUGCGACAGAUACGGUAAACGUGCAGAUUUCAUCGGGCACAGUGACACUCCUCACGUACACGGACUCGAAUAACGUCGAAACUGUGUUAUGUCAGGAGGGAGCCGGCCUGAUAAACAUCGCGAAGCCUGACUUCCUCGGGACGGUGGACGGUCGUCGCCCGGGUACCGCGGAAGUCGCAACGACGAAGCAGCCCAGAGACGCGACCUUCCUCGGUGCCGCCAACGAGGACGCGGGCAAGAGCGCCGACGCGUCGCCGAAGCAGCAGAGCCCGUCGAGGCAGCUCACGCCCGGCGGCCAACCGUCGGGCAAGCCCAACGAGAACAGGUCGUUGCUGAUACGAUCGCAGGAGAAGCCGAGCGACUACGCGACUACGAAGAGCUUCAACGAGUCGCCGCUGGAGCUGCUCUCCUGCACGGACGACUCGAACACAAUAGCGGACUCGUUGGAGUUCUCCGGCGACUUCAGUUGCGCCGACGACGAGUUCGUCAACACGAAUCUCCUCGACAAUCCCGACUUCAUGAAGAGCCUCACGGCCAACUCGUUCUCCAAAGGCAACGUCGCGACAUCCGCCGGCGAUAAGACCGAGGACAGCGACAUCGAGAUCCUGGAGAAUCCCGGAAACAACGCGGAGGCGCCGGCCGAGAAGAAGGUCGCGGAGAACCACGAGGAACAAACGACGGAACCGGAGUCUUCCUCCAAGGAGAAGAAGAUGGAGAGCGAGGAGCAACCCGAAACGUGCGACACCACCGACGACAAAUUUACGUCUAGCGAAGCAGCCACGAAUCCCGAGAACGCGGCGACAGCGACAAUUGCGCAGCGGCCGUUGACUUUGGAGGACAUCAAGGACACCGGCUUUCGAGGACUCGACCUGUACAAGUGCGGUUACGAGGGCUGCAAUUUCGCGGCGACUGUCCCGCCCUUGCUGAAGAAGCACGUCAAGGAGUGCACUUUCGGCGCGAACGAUAAGAACUUUUAUUGCGCGCAUUGCAAGAAACGUUUCAUCAAAGUCGGCUUUCUUCUGGAACAUCUGAAGGUUCACGGUGUGAAGCGUUUCGGGUGCUCCCUCUGUAAGAUGAGGUACCCGGUCUCGUAUCAGGCCACGGCACACAUGAAGACGAAGCACAAAUUUCAGAACACGAAAUUGGUGCCGGCGGACCCGACGAAUCCAUCGGUCGAUGGUCUCUUUAUCGUGCAGGCAAUUCGUUGCGGAAGUGGCGAGCGAAAGACGAAGAAGCGCAGAGGUCUGAAGCUUACAGAGCCCGAUGCGGCCGGCGAGAAGGCGGCGUCAACGUUGGACAGCGAGAAAUUGUCGUUCAGUCCCGACGAAAUCGAUCGAUUGCCGCGUCAGGCGAUUUACAUUCGGGAGGUGCACUGCGCCGUGUGUCCGUACACCACGAAAGUCAGGACGAACAUAAUCCGGCAUCUGCAGCUGCACGCGAAAGACGAGACCGUGCCCGAGACCGGACCGGUCAAUCCCGUUCCCUGUUUGGACAAGAAGGAGAGGAUGUUCGACAAAAUGGUGAAUCUGGCGAGUAGUUCGCAUCAGAACGGCCGUAUGGGCGCUAAGCCGAAGGAGGCGGUCAAGGAGAGCGACGAGGACGCCAUACCGAAAUUCGUGCCGGAGCAUAAAAGAUAUGUAUGUAGCGUUGCGGAAUGUAAUUACCUGACGGUAAAUGAGGCUAUGUUGAGGAAUCACUUGAAGGCUCUGCAUUCCGAUGAGCCGUAUUUCCGUUGCCCACACUGUCCCCCACCGUCACCUGGUCAGGAUAGCCAGAAUAUAGCGAUUGAUAAAAUGGGCGUUCAUUUGAAAAUGCACGAUGCGAGACUUUACAAAUGCUCGCAUUGCAAUCAUCAUCAUUACCAAAGGUACGUCGUAGAGCGUCAUCUCGCCGACAAGCAUCCGGAGAAGAGGCCGUUCGUCAAGGUGAUAAGGGAACUCGACAGCACGGAGAACGUCCAACAUCAUCAGCAGCAGCAGCAGCAACAGCAGCAGCAGCCGAUUCAGGAGGACGCGGAGGAGGAGGUGCCGGAUCCGGACGGCAAUCACUGGAAGUGCAAUCUCUGUGACUUCAAGUGCGCGUACAAGGCCGAGAUGAGCAACCACGCCGCCGCGGUGCACGACGAGAAGUGCCAAUACAAGUGCGCUGUGUGCUCGUUCAAGACGAGCGGCAAGGUGUUGUUCGAGCAGCACAUAAGCAGCAAGCACGCGUACGACCCCAACGUCGACUUCGUCCUGGUGUAUCAGAGGAUAAAGGGCGUCAACAAGCGCACGGAAAUUGUGGAGCAGGUCGGACAGGACGAGCCGUUCGACACGACGCCGCUCUGGAGGAGGGACAUGCCGCGAGUACGGCACAUCCGCGGGAUUCUCCUGGAGGAGGAGGACGAGACGCCGCCACCGGCCGAAACUUCGUCCACGAAGGGCGUGUCCUUGGGCAAACGCAAGAGCGAUACGGAGCUAUCGACGAAGUUGGGUAAAGCGAAAGUGGCGAAGUCGGCGUCUCUGGAGGAGAACAACAAGCAGUCCAAGGAGAAGUCCAAGAGGUCUCUCUCGUGCGAGAAAUUGUCCGCGGAGGGCGACGGCCAAGGUGGAAGGGAGAAUAAGUCGGAUUCGCGCGGCGCCACCGACAAAGCAGCCGGCGAGGACGCGAGGGGGAACGAGCUGAGCGACGUCAACGACUCGGACACGGGUAGAUUCGGGCCUUACGGCAAGCCGGAGGGCAACAUGUACAUUUGCACUCUUUGCAACCAGUUUAAGACGAAGUACAAGCACGAUAUGAGGGACCAUCUUUACAGGGAAUUGAAUUAUGCGAGGUGGCACUGCAAGGCCUGCGGGUAUUUGUCGGUGAACCGUAACGCGUUGAUGCAACAUUUCUCGAAGCACCAUAACGGAGAACGCCCAGAUCACGAGCCGCUCUCGCCGGACAACGCGAUCGAAGAUUGGGUGAUAACUUUAUUGAAGAAGCAGACGGACAUGAUAAAAGCGGCGUCUCAAAAGUUCAUUGUAAUCGGCAAAAGCCCAACAGCGGCCGUUACCGCGCACAUGGCCGCGCCUGUUAAGGGUCCGGAAGCUAUCAAGCCAGCGAAGAUGACCCACGCCGACACGAAAGCCGUGGACCUCGCACCUGCGAUAACCACCUUGCGGAACGACAUCUUCCAAGGCACUGACAGAAUCGUCGACGAAAUUGACGAUGGCGACAGCAGAGACGACGAAGAUCUCGUGAUCGACAUGAAGGAAGACGAGUUGCUCGACAGUAGCAGGAGCAACGACGUGUCCGAAAGCGACAAAUCUUUCGAGAAGGAGGAGCUGGAGAAGAAACUGGUGUGCAAGCACUGCGACAUGAAGUUCAGCCGACGGCGGGGCUUCAAGCUGCACGUUCAGCUGACGCACCUGAAGCGGCUGGGCUUCCUCUGUCCUUACUGCGACCGCAGUACCAAUUCCGAGCAAAUGAUACGCCAGCACAUGCGCUCCAAGCACCGGGACCGCGAGAUGAAGAUCGUUCACAAUCCAACCGCGGGCGGGCCCGACCUGACCGACGAGUUCUGGGAGAAGGAAUACGGGCUGAUCUGCCCGGCGAAGAUCAAGAAGAAGCGGAAGCCGAUGAGCGUGAACGACACGACGAAGAACGACGGGGGCAACAACGUACCGAGUCCGCGGCCGGAGCCGCAGGAGAAGUGCGGCUUGUGCGGCUUCGCCGCUCUGAAUUACACCGGUCUAAAGUCGCACAUGCGCUCGCACCUCACCAGGAUCAGAUGCCAGUACUGCACGUACAGCUGCUCCGCGAAGGCCGAGCUGGUCGACCACUGGCAGGUGAAUCAUCCUUCGCUGCCGUUCAAGAUACGGGGAACCGGCGAGCCGGGGAGCGACGGCGGCGGGUCUAAGAAACGCAGCAUAGACAUCUACACGGAUGACAUAGAGGAGGAACAAGUGGGCUCCGCCGACGAGGAGAACCCGAGCAUAACGACCGUGUACAGCUGCGGCUACUGCAACACUCGCAGCCAUUCACUGAACUUUCUCGUGCAACACUGGGAUCUGAUGCACCGGGAGGAGGGCUCGUCCAACAACGCUGAGCCGAACGCGUCCAGUGUCGGUGGCGGCCGGCCGUUCAAGUACAGCCACCAACAGAUACCGACGAUGUUGUACAAGAGGAAGAUGAUUCAGAUGGCGCAAAAGAAGAGGCAGAGCAAAGCGAAGAAGACGAAGAACGCCGAGUCGCCACGCGGCUUCGCCGGUCAGCCGGGAGAGAGGAGCCCGUCGAGAAGUGACGACUCGUCGAGCACUGCAGCCGGCCAAGGAUGGGUCUGCCAGUGGUGCCAUGAGCUCUGCGAGACGGACAACGACAUGAAGAAUCACCAGGACAUGUUCCAUUCGCACUUACCGCUGAACUUUAAGAAGCAACAACAACAACAACAACAACAUCAUCAUCAUCAUCAUCAACUGCAGCAGCAGCAGGAAGAAGAGUCGAGGGACUUCGUUUGCAGGGUUUGCUCCUACCCCUCUCCCUUCCUCGCUUCAAUCAAGAAGCACGUGGUCAAGCACGUGAAUCUGUUCAAAUGCAAAUACUGCGAUCAGUCGUUUAAAACGCCGGCGGGAGUGUCGGCGCACAUUUCGGAGAAGCAUCCGGGUCUGGUCACUAAGAUCGAGAGCAUCGCGAACUUCGACGCGGUCGUGCAGAGCAUGAUCAUGGAGGUGAAGCGGACGAAAAUGACGGGCGACGAGGUUGGCCAGGACCGAGGCGUCGCCGAAGCAAGUCGACCGACCAGUCACGCGGUGGCGAAGAAGUCCACGGCCAAAUCGGUCCUCUCGUACGUUAAGCCGAGCCCGCGUACCUUCAAGGCUGUCGCGCGUAAGUCCACGAAUCCGCUGCCAAGGUACUUGCGCGAGGUCGAGCGACGCAGCCCGGCCAUGAGGCCGGACGAAGAGGAGGAGAAGCAGGAGGAGGAAGAGCAGGAGGAGAUGCCGUUGCCCUCGCACUACCGCGUACCGUGCGAACCUGUGAACCUGGCCAAGGUGAGCACGUACAUGAUGCUCGGCGGCCACAGCAUGAAAGUCAAUUGCACCACUCUCGCCCAACUGAUUAACAUCAAUCCGAGGUUGGUGCUGGCGGACAUCAGGCACGACCCCAAGUACUCCGCGAACUUUUUGCGACACGUAUGAAUUCUCUCUCGCGAUUGUGUUGUCUCGUUCUUUUUCCUCACUUCCUUCGUGCAAAGACGAGCUCGACUCCUCGUUGGUCCCUGAGAUCGAGCCUGAGUGAUUUGAUCGUGUUCGCUGUUAGCAGCGACGUUAUUGGCGAUUGUCAUCGUAGGAAUCAUCUGUCUGUGUAAGCGGCGCGUCGACGAGAAAAGAUUUCUUUUUAUGAUUUCAAUGCGUAUACGAUUUAUUCGCGAUCACGACGGCGAAGUACAAGUAUAUUUUACUGUUCAGUUGCGUUUUAGUCAUUUCUUUUUAUUUUUUUUUUUUAUUUAUGUCACUUUCUAGUAUAUCAUAGGACGUCACGUGUGUGCGGGGAAAAUAAUCGCGGUUAGUAAUGUAGCAGAUGAAGGGUAACGUGACUCAGAGGAAGCGGUGAACGAUUGAAUGUGACGCGAUUAAUGUUAUUGAAAUUCGUAAUUUUAGUUAAAAUGUGUCGUUUUAAGUGUAUAUAUGUUCAACGUGAUGUUCACACGCAUACACACAUACACACACACACGCGCGCGCGCGCGAGAGAGAGAGAGAGAGAGAAAGAGAAGGAGAGUUCUUUUGCCGGAUUAGAGCGUGUCUCUUCUUCUUUAUUUUUCUUAAAUUCAGUAAAUAUUUUUUUUUUCGGAAUUAUGCGUGAUGAUCGGCAAAGAUACGUUUUAGGAUGAAUCCGGAGAUCUGUAGCAAAAUGAAACUAUUUUUAAUACUAUUGUCGUAACAUUUCUCUCUCUCUCUCUCUCUUUCUUUCACAUAAUCACAUAGCUGUUCGUAUCAUGUAGCAUUGUGUAGUGUUCACUUCGCUCGGAAUAGCAGCAGUAAGUACUUACAGAGCCGAGAUGAAAGGAAAUGGAUGUGUCAUGCACUUAUACGAUGUAAAUAUGUUAUUUAUGUCUCUUUCUUAUUUUCGUCGAGAUGAAGGUGAAACUGGAUAUUUAGUGCGGACUCAUGCGAUGCGUUACUUCAUUGAUGAAUACACGCGAUAAUGUAUAUAGAUAUAAUAUAAAAGAGGACGUCAGGAUGACGAGUUAGCAUAAUGUAAUAAUAGAGCAUAUAAGCUGUAUUUAUAAUGUGCUCUUAGUAAGAUUAUUUAAUUUAGUCUUGGUAUACCAUCGUUGCAACCUCCAUUUUCUCUAUUCGUUCAACUAUUCAUUCAACAUGUGAUGGAAUACGGUUACGGAUCAGGAAGAUUUUCUAUGAAAAGACAAGACUGACGAGUGUACUAAGUAUCGCGAAGGCAGAGGUAGUUUUUAGAAAAGACUGUAAAUAAUACGUGUACCAUAAUUCAAAUAAAUAUUUUUGAUUUUUAUAAA